UGAUAAGUAGCUAGGAAAUAGUUAUAGAUCCUGUAUUUACUUGGUGCUGUGCGUCUCGGACGUAAGUGACGUAUCAAAACUCUUCCCAUACUUAAGACAACAAUUGUGGGUGACUGAAAAUAAAGAGCACCAUCAUGAACAACAUCAUAUUUGUGUUUGCACUUAUGCUUUCCCCAUCUUGUUUGGCACAAAUCACUUUCAACUCAGAUGAAGAAAUCAUAGCAUUCAUAAAUUCCAAUCAGUCAUCGUGGACUGCCGGAGUGAAUUUCCGUGGACAAGAUGAAAGCGAUCUUUUACCGUUAUUCAAUGGAGUCCUUGGACUUCAUCCUGAUCCGAAUUUUGUGAUACCGCAGGUGUUCCACGACACCUCAAAAAUGUAUCUUCCUGCCACUUUUGAUGCUAGAACUAAUUGGCCAGAGUGCGCUGAUAUCAUAGGAAACAUUCUAAACCAAGGACAGUGCGGUUCCUGCUGGGCAUUUGCCACAUCGGAGGUUAUGUCGGACAGACUCUGUAUACAAAAUAAAGCAAGAGUCAAAGUGCAGUUGUCUCCGCAAGACCUUAUUACAUGUUGUUCCACCUGUGGGUCUAAGUGCAACGGAGGUUAUCCCUCUACCGCUUUUCGAUACUGGGACAUGACUGGCAUUGUCUCUGGAGGAGAUUAUUUAUCAAAUUCUGGUUGCAAACCGUACGGAGCAACCGAAUUUAAGGACGGCGUAGCAACGGAAUGUCAAAAGACAUGCACUAAUCCUUCCUACAAAACUCCUUACGACAAAGACAAGCGUUUUGGCACAACUUACUACCAAGUAGGCGUUGUAGCGUCGCAAAUUCAAGCCGAAAUUUUCGCCAAAGGAUCAGUUACGGCCGUUUUUACUGUUUAUGAAGACUUUAGCUUUUAUAAAACAGGUGUCUAUUAUCAUGCGUAUGGUGCAAUACGGGGUCGGCAUUCAGUUAAAAUUAUAGGUUGGGGGGUGGAUAAUGGAUUACCGUACUGGUUAGUCGCUAAUUCGUGGGGAAAAAAAUGGGGAGGAUUAGGUGGUUUUUUCAAAAUACUGAGAGGUUACAAUCAUUGCGGUAUUGAACAGCAGAUCCUUGGGGCCAAUGCAAGGAUUUAUUUCAAAAAUACAGAAAUUUCGGAAAAGAGCGAAACUAAAGAAUGCAUUACACCUUCUUCUGCUGUGAAACAUUCAGGACGUGCUCUGUUGUUUUUGACUGUUUCGUUUUUUCUUAUUAGUGGAUUUCCAUGAUUUUGUUUUUAUUUUAACUAUAGCAUCCGCUUGACAAAAAUCUUUAAUAACCUUAUGGAUAGAUAGUUCUUUAGCAAUACUUACUGUAAAAUUAA